GAACUUCUGCUAUCGUUGCAAUGGAUAAGACUGCAACUUUACCCUCAAGAGCAUCCGUUUCAUCAGGGAUGCUUCUAUCAAAAUCUCUUGAUAAAGGCUCUGACCGUAGUUUGGAAAGUGUACUUAAUUCCAGUAAAGAGAAAGUUUCAGCAAUUGAAAGCUUGCUUAGAGGUCUAGAUUUGUCUUCAAAACAUAAUUCUUCGACUGCUCGAUCAUCUAGCCUUGAUCUAGGAGUUGACCCUCCAUCCUCUCGUGAUCCUCCAUUUCCUCUCGCUGUUCCUGCUUCAAAUCAAGUCACAAGUUUAUCAUUGGACUCAAAAUUGUCGUCGGUCAGAGAAAGUAACAACCGCAAUGGUGGCCUAGUUAUGUCUGACUUGUACUCUCAUAUACAUGCUUCAAAAGAUGCUGGUAAAUCAUCAUAUCGCAGUGGUCUCAUGAAUGAGCCAUCAUCAACAUUGAUGUCGUACUCGGCUAAGAGAACUUCUGAAAGAGUACAAGAAAGAGGCUACAUGGAGGAGCAAAGUGAUUUCCGGGAUUCUAGGAGAUACAUGAACUCACACAUGGACCGGCAAUAUACCGAGACUCCCUAUAGAGAAGCAACUUAUAGAGAUUCUAGUUAUGUCCCAAAUUUUCAGAGACCACUAUCAAGAAAGAAUGUCACAGGCAGAAGUACAUCUUCGAGCAGGGGAGACGCCAAGUUAUGUGGAAGGUCCCGCUUCUCUUCAUGAGGCUCUAGGUGAGGGACUUAGUCCAAGUUCUGACUGGUGUGCUAGAGUUGCUGCUUUCAACUAUAUAAGGUCUCUGCUUCAGCAGGGCCCUAGUGGUAUUCAAGACAUUGUUCAGAGUUUUAAAAGGUGAUGAAACUCUUUUUUAAGCAUUUGGAUGAUCCCCAUCAUAAGGUCGCACAGGCAGCUCUUUUAACACUAGCAGAGAUAAUUCCCUCUUGUCGAAAGCCUUUUGAAAGUUACAUGGAAAGGAUCUUGCCACAUGUUUUCUCCAGGUUAAUUGAUCCAAAAGAGGUAGUUCGGCAGCCUUGUACGACAACAUUGGAUAUUGUGGGUAAAACUUAUGGGGUAGAUUCUUUGUUGCCGGCCUUACUUCGUUCACUGGAUGAACAGCGAUCACCUAAAGCAAAAUUGGCUGUAAUUGAAUCGCAAUUGGUUCGUUUUAA